AUGGGCUUCGCUUUGAAGAGGCCAGAUGAUGCCGUGGGCUCUGCUGCCCCGGCUAUCAUGAUCGGAUUGUUUGUUGCCUUCGGUGGUGUUCUCUUUGGAUAUGACACAGGUACCAUCAGUGGUAUCCUCGCCAUGAAGAAGUGGCGAGAGAUGUUCUCAACUGGUUACAUCAACGAGAUCGAUCACUUCCCCGAUGUCACAUCCUCACAAUCAUCAAUGAUCGUCUCUCUCCUCUCUGCAGGAACUUUCUUCGGUGCCCUCGGCGCCGCCCCUAUUGCUGAUAAGUUUGGCCGACGUAUCGCCAUGAUCCUGGACACCUUUGUGUUCGUCGUCGGUGUCAUCCUUCAAACUAUCUCUACCUCCAUCCCCCUCUUCGUGGCUGGCCGCUUCUUCGCUGGUCUGGGUGUCGGUCUCCUCUCUGCAACCAUCCCCCUCUACCAAUCUGAGACUGCCCCCAAAUGGAUUCGUGGUACAGUCGUCGGCGCCUACCAACUCGCCAUCACAUUUGGUCUCCUCCUCGCUGCCAUCGUCAACAACGCCACUAAGGAUCGCACUGACACUGGCUGCUACCGAAUCCCCAUCGCCGUCCAGUUCGCCUGGGCCAUCAUCCUCGUCGUCGGCAUGCUUGUCCUCCCUGAGACCCCCCGUUUCCUGAUCAAGCAAGACCGCUACGAAGAAGCUAGCAAGGCCCUCGCUCGUGUCCGCCGCAUGGAUGUGAACGACCCCGCCGUUGUUGCCGAACUUGCUGAAAUCCAGGCCAACCACGAGUACGAAAUGAGUCUCGGAAAGGCUACCUACCUCGAGAUUUGCCGCGGCUCCCUUGGCAAGCGUCUAGCGACCGGCUGCGCUGUUCAGGGUCUGCAACAGCUCGCUGGUGUCAACUUCAUCUUCUACUACGGCACAACCUUCUUCCAAAACUCCGGCAUCAAAAACUCCUUCACAAUCACCCUCAUCACCAACAUCAUCAACGUCGUCUCCACCUUCCCAGGUCUCUACAUGGUCGAGAAGUGGGGUCGUCGCCCUCUUCUCAUGUUCGGUGCCGUCGGAAUGUGCGUCUCGCAACUGAUCGUCGCAAUCGUGGGCACAGCCGUCAACAACGAUGCCUCGAACAAAGUCCUCAUCGCCUUCGUGUGCAUCUACAUCUUCUUCUUCGCCAGUUCCUGGGGUCCUGUUGCCUGGGUCGUGACUGGUGAAUUGUUCCCCCUCAAGGCUCGUGCCAAGUGUCUGUCCAUCACCACCGCCACCAACUGGCUGCUCAACUGGGCUAUUGCCUACGCUACACCAUACAUGGUGAACAGCGGUCCUGGAAAUGCCAAUCUCCAGUCCAAGGUGUUCUUCAUCUGGGGUGGAUUCUGCUUUAUUUGCGGUGUGUUUGUUUACACCUGCAUUUAUGAGACUAAGGGUCUUUCCCUUGAGCAGGUUGAUGAGCUCUAUGCUAAGGUUCCCCGUGCCUGGAACUCUGUUGGCUGGGUUCCCUCGCUGAAUUACACCGAGGAGCUUGAGAUGGACGGAGAGAAGAGAGUUGAGGGUGCUACGCAUCUUGAGAGCGUCGGCACUAAGACUGAGGUUUAA